AUGCUUCGCUCCUCGCGACAUCUUUUGCGCCUCACCCAGCGCUCGCCAGCAGCGCCUUCGGUGUUUUCUGCUUCGGCAUCCACAAAAGCCUCUCAAAACGCCAUUCAUAACCUGAAGCGACCGUCUGUAGCGCUCCAGGCGCGUUUGUCUCCCUUGUCACUUGUCGCGCGCUAUACAAACUCGCCUUACGACAAGAUUGACAAAAAGGCCGAGGCUGAGCUUGCAAAGAAGAAGCUCGAAGCGCGUCCGGAUGAGGUCUCGACGGAAUCAACAACGCGUCAGGUGUUUGAACCUGCGCCUGCGAAUCCCAAUGUAGACUCCGACCUUUCUGGCGGGUUGCAAAAAGAACUGAAUAUUGUCAAGGAUACUUUCAAUCUCAACGAAGUGCCUAGAGAGCCGUAUGCGCUUGGUCUCGCCGGAACCCUUCCCUAUCUUGCGACAUCGCUGAGCACCAUGUAUUUGAGUUGGGACCUCAACAUUGAAUGGCCAUCAUCGUCCGCCUUUGUCAACAAUAUCUACAUGAACCAAGAGUCAGCGCAGUACUGGCUGAAUCUGCUGGAACCUAUCCAGCUAGGCUAUGGCGCUGUCAUCAUCUCCUUCUUGGGCGCUGUCCAUUGGGGAAUGGAAUACGCUGAAAAGACUCCUUCCCCGGCGCGGACGCAAUUCCGCUACGGUAUGGGUGUUCUGGCACCCAUCUUGGCCUGGCCCACGCUCCUAAUGCCAAUCGAAUAUGCCCUUACUUCCCAAUUCGCCGCCUUUACCUUCCUCUACCUUGCCGACACACGCGCGAAGAACAAGGGCUGGACCCCGCCGUGGUAUGGUACUUACCGUUUCGUGCUGACAGCAAUCGUUGGCAUCUCCAUCUUCAUCAGCUUGGUUGGUCGGACUAAGGUUGGAAACGCCCAGCCUCACAUCGGUCAGGAACUAGCCCAGAGCAUGCACAAGGGCAAGAGCGAUAUCUCUCGAAACUGGGCCAAGCUUGAGGAAGAAGAAAGGGAGAGACUGAGGAAGGAGAAGGAGGAAGAGGAAAAGAAGAAGAAGGCAGAGGAGAAGAAAAAGAAGGCGGAAGAAAAGAAGGGUAAGAAGGGUGAAUCCAAGGGUAAGGACAACAAGGAAGAGAAGGGCGCUGAUAAGAAGGAUGAUGCAGAGGACGACUCGGAGGAGAAGGAUGACUCUGAGAAGAAGGAUGACUCUGAGAAGAAGGACGAUUCUGAGAAGAAGGACGAUUCUGAGUCCGAAUCCAAGGACAAUGGCAAGGAGGAGAAGAAGGAGUAA